AUGGACUUAAAAGGUCCCCAACGAUGGAUCGUUGCAACGAUGGGAUUUUUUGCAUUUUUCAACGCAUACACGUUGCGAAUCUGCCUCUCGAUCGCAAUAACCAAAAUGACCAAACCACAUUCCAGUAACAUCAGCUCUACUCAGUCGAUCGACGAAACCUGUCCCGAUUACGAGGACAACGUUCUCAAAAACGAAACCACCGUCGUUUCCGUUGGGGAGUUUGAGUGGGACGAGGUUACUCAGGGUAUCGUUCUUUCCUCUUUCUACUGGGGUUACGCAGCGUCCCACCUACCCGGUGGCCUACUAGCCAGAAAAUUUGGCGCUAAACGCAUUAUCGGCCUCGGAGUACUGUUUACGGCUCUGCUAUCCAUCGCGACACCCAAAGUAACCCAAUGGGGCGACGCCCCAGCUCUUAUGGGGCUUCGCCUCCUCAUGGGGCUCUGCGAGGGCGUCAUACAGCCGGGCAUGAGCCAUCUGUUGGCUCAGUGGAUCCCUUCCCAGGAGAGAUCGGUCAUCGGAACAUUUGUCUACACUGGAAUUAAACUGGGUAUACUCGUCUCCUCGGUCGCCUCGGGCCUUAUUAUGGACAGGUCAACCGACAAUUGGCCCUGGAUAUUCUAUAUCUUCGGAGCCAUCGGCAUAUUGUGGUACGUCGUUUGGGUGCCGCUAUGCUACGACAGUCCCCGAGAGCACCCCUUCAUAACCGAGCAAGAGAGGAUAUACCUUCACGAGCACAUGUCCAGCCACACUGCGGAGACAACGGCAAAACCUUCAGUUCCCUGGAGACACGUGCUCACCUCGAAACCAUUCUUGGCCCUCGUUGCUAUGCAGUGCGGGCAAGACUGGUGCAACUACACGAUCAUGUCGGAUCUGCCCAAAUACAUGAACGGAGUGCUGAAGUUACCGAUUCACCUGAACGGCUACGCGUCUUCCAUGCACACAGUCAGCUCUUGGCUGUUCAGUACGUUCGCGUCCUGGCUGUCUGACCGUCUGAUAGCCAAAAAGCGCGUGUCGAUAAGUAAGGUUAGAAAGGCCAACGUUGCCAUUUCGAGCGUUGGGCCCGCGGUUUUUCUACUGUUGGCCGUGUACGCGGGCUGCGACGUCGUACUGGCCGUUGUCUUGGUUACUGUGGGUUUGACACUGACGGGUAGCUCGUUGAUCGGGAUCAAGGUGAACGUGCUGGACCUUAGCCCAAAUCACGCCGGGGUACUCAUGGGUAUACAAAAUGGCGUCGGGGCUUUGGCGGGCAUCGCGGCUCCGUACACCGUUGGGGUGCUCACGCCCAAUCAGACCCUCGGUGAGUGGAAGAGAGUCUUUUGGAUCAUAGCUGGGGUUUAUUUCGUGGCUACGGUGAAUUUUGUAAUCAACGCCAGUGGUGAUGUCCAGCCGUGGAAUAAUCCCGGGUUCUUGAAAAAAGAGCGUGAGAAGGAACGCAAUGACGAUGUGGAAGAGGAUGUGGGUCUGAUGAACUUGAGUAGAAGUAAGGUGGUAUGUGAGUGA